AUGCGGGCAGGGGAGAGCUCGGCAGAAGGGAGUGGCUACCUACUGGAGCUUCGACCAACCACCACCGGUCAAUUCCGCUUUGGGGCCACCCCUUACUCUACCAUUAUUAUAGGGGUAUGGGGUUCGAGACAAAGAAAGAUCAAGGCAGCAUAUCAGUUUUUCCUUUAUACUUUACUUGGAUCUGUUUUUAUGCUAUUAGCUAUUCUGUUGAUUCUUCUCCAAACAGGAACCACCGAUUUACAAAUAUCAUUAACCACAGAAUUUAGUGAGCGGCGCCAAAUCUUUCUAUGGAUUGCUUCUUUCGCCUCUUUCGCCGUCAAAGUGCCUAUGGUACCAGUUCAUAUUUGGUUACCCGAAGCUCAUGUAGAGGCACCUACGGCAGGAUCCGUCAUCUUGGCAGGAAUUCUUUUAAAAUUGGGAACCUACGGGUUUUUAAGAUUUUCAAUACCCAUGUUUCCCGAAGCGACACUUUGUUCCACUCCUUUCAUUUAUACUCCAAGCGCGAUUGCUAUAAUAUAUACUUCCUUGACCACUUCAAGACAGAUCGAUCUUAAGAAGAUCAUUGCUUACUCCUCAGUAGCCCAUAUGAAUCUGGUGACUAUUGGUAUGUUUAGUCCGAACAUACAGGGAAUUGGAGGUAGCAUUCCACCGAUGUUAAGUCAUGGACUGGUUUCUUCAGCCCUUUUUCUAUGUGUUGGUGUUCUAUAUGACCGACAUAAGACUCGACUUGUUAGAUAUUACGGAGGUUCAGUGAGCACCAUGCCGAAUCUCUCUACCAUUUCCUUCUCUUCCACUUUGGCCAAUAUGAGUUCACCUGGUACUAGCAGCUUUAUCGGGGAAUUUCCCAUCUUAGUAGGAGCUUUCCAAAGAAAUAGCUUAGUAGCCACAUUAGCAGCGCUUGGGAUGAUUUUAGGCGCGGCGUAUUCCCUUUGGCUAUACAAUCGUGCGGUUUCUGGAAAUUUAAAACCCGAUUUCCUCCAUAAAUUCUCCGAUCUAAAUGGCAGAGAAGUUUCCAUAUUUAUACCUUUUCUUGUUGGAGUUCUUUGGAUGGGUGUUCACCCCAAAGUGUUCCCGGACUGCAUGCAUACAUCCGUAAGUAACUUAGUGCAACAUGGCAAAUUUCAUUGAGAGGAAUCAGCAAAGAAAAGAAAGAGGGUUCCAAACCUAUCAACUCGUAACAAGUUGCUGGCUCGAAGCGAAGUAGGACAUUCUCCUUUUUUCACUUCGAAUCGAAUUCGAAACCGGCGUGAGGCUGCUGGAUGCUUCUGAUCAAUAGAACAGGAAGAGGAGCCAAAAAUCAAAACCAGAAAAAUGUUCGUCGAUUCUUUCUUUGUCGAAUUCUCACCCAUCCAACUUCCUUAUGAUUCUCUUCCAGAAAGAAGUAAAUUCUUCUUGGACGAGGAUCUAUCGUUCUUCAUUCUAUUCAUACUGCAUUCUUUAAUAAUAUUUUAUCGAGUGCUAAAAGAAGUGAGAAAGGAGAAAGAAGUGAUAAAAAACUUUCUUUCUUCGGACUCUUUGGAACGAAAGACUUGGUUUUUGGUAAUCCUGUCUUUCGUUCUCAUAGGAUGGGUAGGAAUCCCAUAUCCUGAAAUCGCCUCUUGCGAUGGAAGGAACGCUUUCUCGCCACCACCUAGUCCAGUGCCAUUGCCGGAAGAACCGGUUACUCCCCCCGAAGCUCCGCCGGUACCUCAACCGGUUGUUAUUCCCCAAUUGGACCAGCCUCUUCUCGGGGAUGACAGCCGAAGGAGCCUCCUUUAGAACAGGUACCUUUUCCUUAAUUUCGGGGGGAAUGAUGACCUCCGCCGGAUGGUGUCCAUUCUAGAAGCCCAAGUCAUUGUGGAGCGCCAUGUGGAGGCUGCAUUGGUCCAUGAUAACUUUCAUCCAGAGUCCAUUCUUGCGCGAUAUGUAGAAAUUCGGGGGUCUUCUACAUUCGCCGCAAGGGGAGCUUUUGAGUGAACGCACCUCUCACUCCUAGGUCACUCAGAUAGUGAAAGAUGGCACCCGACAAAGCGUUCCCUAUCGCCGGAUUAGGAGAGCCAUCCAGAACGCGGAUCUCUCGUUGUAAGAUCAUCGUUUUGGUUGGGUGGAAGGGAUCUCUCUUGAUGAUGAUGUUACGCGGCGUUCAGAACCAGCCUUGAAGUGAAUGAAUUAGAAAGAACGAAGAAGUACGGAAAUGAGACGACUCUUUCUUGAACUAUAUCAUAAACAGAUCUUCCCCUCCACACCAAUCACGAGUUUUUCUCCGUUCCUCUCGUAUAUCGUCGUAACGCCCUUAAUGCUAGGUUUUGAAAAAGACUUUUCAUGUCAUUCCCAUUUAGGUCCGAUUUGGAUCCCUCCGUUGUUUCCUUUUCCUCCCGCACCUUUUCCUCGAAAUGAGAAAGAAGAUGGUACACUCGAAUUGUAUUAUUUAAGUGCUUAUUGCUUGCCAAAGAUCCUACUUCUACAAUUGGUAGGUCACCGGGUUAUUCAAAUAAGUCGUGUUUUCCGUGGUUUUCCCAUGUUACAACUUCUGUACCAAUUCGGUCGAUCCGGAAUGGAUCGGUUAAACAUUCUAUUAGGGAGUCCGGUCUUGACUCUUCUGUGUGGUAUUCAUUCUCGUUCGGCUCUUGGAAUCACAUCCAGCAGUGGUUGGAACAGCUCGCAAAAUCCAACCACUUCACCUACUUCAUUGCCCCCAACCCUUUCUCGUACCUCUAUUGAAACAGAAUGGUUUCAUGUUCUUUCAUCGAUUGGUUAUUCCUCUCCGUUCGUAUCUCUUUUUCCAAUUUCGGUCUCGAUUAGUUCACAAGAUUGAAUGGCCAAGUCUCCUCCGGACCCUCGAUUCGAUUGUUUUCCAAGAAUGUUGAGCCGGCUAUGUAAGCCAUGUAUCUGGGAGGAAGUUCAAAGAAGGGAUUUAUUUCGGUUUUUGAACCCUGUUUUGGCAUCCGUGGUUGGGCUUGGGUUGCUACUUCUACGGGGUCGGUAUUUGUAAAUGGCGGGAUUCUUACCCACACCUGUUCGAGAAUCCAAUCGGUAAGUUGAGGUUUCCGUCCAAUCAAUCGGAGUUUCGGUAAACUGAUUUAGGGCUGGCAUUCCCAAGUCCUUAUUUCAUUUCGUUUCUAAAGAAAGUUCAGUUCAGAAUACGAGCCUUCACUUGAAUCUAUCUCCUUUCCAGAAGGCUAGGCUAGGCAAGUGCUCUUGCUAUCCCCUUAGUCGUGGAUAACCCUCAGUAGUAUAGUCUGAUUCUAUUCUAGCGGUAAUAAAUGGCCGAAUCCGUCUGCCCCUUUCUUCGUACGCAAGUCAGGAACUGGCCAACGAUUGUCUCGAGCUACAUGCCCUUCUCAUAAGAUGUUGUCUGUCUUUCUAGCCCGGUACCAGUAGUUCUCCAUAGUCUAAUGGACACUAAGCAUAACCUUCGCCCCCAAAGAGCAGCGCUAUGUCGGUAACCGCAGAGUAGAAGUUGGCAGAAUAGAAAACCGAACUCUUAUCCCCGGGAUCUAACCUCCUUUAUCUAGACGAGGUCUCACUAUCGUCCUCGUUUGGCUUACAGUAAGCUGGCUGCUAUAUAAAUAGAAUAACGACCCCUCGAUUUAGGGCGGUGGUAGGUGCCUAAGACCUCCGCCGUACCUUACCGGAUCCGGGCUCUAGGUGUGAUGUAGAUUAGGUCCCAGUGCGAGUAGGUGGAUGCUCCUUCUGUUCGAGCAAGAGAGAAGGAUGAUGCCCGAGUACGAUGGAAAGGGAAAGAAAGCUUUCGAAAGCUCUCGGAAGGCAUUAUCUAUAAAACCAUUCCAUGAGCUUUCGAAAGGGCGGAGGCCAAGAACUUCUAAGUCAGUUCCAAGAAAUACAAGGAGGGGCACUGGCCCUACCAAUGCCAAUGAUGUGCCUUUGAGCUUUGACUCUUUUUUGAUAGGGUGAAAAGACGGGAGAGUCUAAUGAUUGAUAUCAUUUUUUAGAUCUGGCAAAUCAUUCCCAACGAGGAUAAGCAUGAGCGAGGACUUCCUUUCUGCGGAAUCGAAUGAAGGAGGAAAUGGAUGCGACAAUGAAUGAAGCCGAUCCAGGUAAGGUAGGGCAGCAUCUUUUCCAGCGCUGUUAAG